GGUGGGGCCUCGCGCCCUGCCGCUCCAACUCGCCGGCAGGUUGGGGUGCAUCCCGGCCGCGGGCCCGGGAACUGCGCCGCCCGCCUCUCCCCGGCCGCGUCCCGAGGGCUGGACGCGCUGGGCAAGCUGAGCGGCGCGCGGGCCAGCCUGGAGGCUGACGGUCGGCAAAGUUUGGCCUGAAGAGGAAGUGGCCACCAGCCCUGGCAGGUGGCAGCCGGGCCCGGGCGAGGCGCUCGCGGCCCCCGCCGGGCUGUAGACGAACGCGCGCCCCGACCCCGGCUCCGAGCUGAGUCCCGGGACCUCGGGAGCCCGCCCCGCGAGAGGAGCGCGGCGACCGCCGGGGGAAACAACUCGGAAGUUGGCGAGAGGCUCCGCCCCUCCGCCGCCUCCCCGCCCCCAGCCCUGGCAGCCGGAGCUCGGGUCAAGCCCUGGCUGUGAGCCCCCGCCGGGCAGUGGCACCGGGGAGCAUGGACCCCCGGGCCGCCGCCUCUGCUUCCCCGCAGGGGAGGCGACCGAGGCUCCGGGACUCGCCCUGCGCCUCCGGACGCCUCGGGAUGCUGGCUGCCCUCCUCCUGCUCCUUGGAGGCGCUCUGGCCCAUCCAGACCGGACUAUUUUCUCAAAUCCUGCCUGUGUGAGCCCCCCAGCACUGCUCCUGGAAGUGCAGGGAACCUUACAGAGGCCCCUGGGACGGGACAGCCGCAGCUUCCCCACCAACUGUACCUGGGUCAUCCUGGGCAGCAAGGAGCAGACUGUGACAGUCAGGUUCCAGAAACUGCACCUGGCCUGUGGCUCAGAGCGUUUGCUCCUGCGCUCUCCUCUUCAGCCACUGAUCUCCCUGUGUGAGGCGCCUGCCGGCCCUCUGCAGCUGCCAGGAGGCAAUGUCACCAUCACCUACAGCUAUGUUGGGGCCAGAGCACCCAUGGGCCAGGGCUUCCUGCUCUCCUAUAGCCAAGAUUGGCUGAUGUGCCUGCGGGAAGAGUUCCAGUGCCUGAACCACCGCUGUAUACCUGCCGCCCAGCGCUGUGAUGGGUUCGAUGCCUGUGGUGAUGGCUCUGAUGAAGUGGGUUGCAGCUCAGACCCAUUCCCUAGCUUGAGCCCAGACCCUGACCCUACCCUCUCCUGUAAUCUCACCCUGGAGGACUUCUAUGGGGUCUUUUCCUCCCCUGGAUUUUCACACUUCGCUUCAGUCUCCCAUCCCCAGUCUUGCCUGUGGCUGCUGGACCCUCACGAUGGCCGGCGGCUGGCAGUUCGCUUCACAACCCUGGACUUGGGCCCUGAGGAUGCAGUGCAUGUGUAUGAUGGCCCCGGGCCUCCCGAGACACCUCGGCUGCUACGUAGUCUAACCUGCUUCAGCAAUGGCAAGGCUGUCACUGUGGAGACAUUGUCUGGCCAGGCUGUCGUGACCUACUACACACCUGACAAGAGCAGCGGUCGGGGAUUCAAUGCUACCUACCAUGUGCGGGGAUACUGCUUGCCUUGGGACCGGCCCUGUGGCUUGCGCUCUGGCCUGGGGGCUGGCGAGAGCCUAGGGGAGCGCUGCUACAGUGACACACAGCGCUGCGAUGGCUCAUGGGACUGUGCUGACGGUACAGAUGAGGCAGACUGCCCCAGCUGCCCACCCGGACACUUCCCCUGUGGGGCUGCCAGCACUCCUGGCACCACUGCCUGCUACUUACCUGCUGACCGCUGCAACUACCAAACAUUCUGUGCCGACGGAGCAGAUGAGAGACGCUGCCGGCACUGCCAGCCUGGCAACUUCCGAUGCCAAGAUGAGAAGUGUGUAUACGAGACAUGGGUGUGUGAUGGGCAGCCGGACUGUGCAGACGGCAGCGAUGAGUGGGAAUGUUCCUAUGCCCUGCCCCGCAAGGUCAUCACAGCCGCAGUCAUUGGCAGCCUGGUGUGUGGCCUGCUGCUGGUCAUUGCCCUGGGCUGCACCUGCAAGCUCUAUGCCAUUCGCACCCAGGAGUACAGCAUCUUUGCGCCACUCUCCCGGAUGGAGGCCGAGAUUGUGCAACAGCAGGCACCCCCUUCCUAUGGGCAGCUCAUUGCUCAGGGUGCCAUCCCGCCUGUGGAAGACUUUCCUACAGAGAACCCUAAUGACAACUCAGUGCUGGGCAACCUGCGUUCUCUGCUGCAGAUCUUGCGCCAGGAUAUGACUCCAGGGGGUGCCUCAGGUGGCCGCCGCCGCCAGCGGGGCCGCUCAGUGCGUCGCCUGGUUCGCCGUCUCCGUCGCUGGGGCCUGCUUCCUCGAAUCAACCCUCCAGCUCGCACCCCUGAGACCAGGCCCCAGGUCACACCUUCCUCUGCUGCUCUGGAGGGCCCAGAUGGCAGCACAGGUUCAGCCUGUGAGGGUGGGGCAGUAGGUGGGCAGGAUGGGGAGCAAGCCCCCCCUCUGCCCAUCAAGUCUCCCCUCCCAUCUGCCAGCACAACUCCAGCCCUCCCUACUGUCCCUGAGGCCCAGGGGCCACUGCCCUCAGUGCCUUUAGAACCAUCACUGUUGUCUGGAGUGGUGCAGGCUCUUCGAGGCCGCCUUCUGCCAAGCUUGUGGCCCCCAGGACCAACCUGGACCCCGCCUGGACCCCACACAGCGGUCUUGACCCCAGAGGAUGAGGAUGAUGUGCUGCUGAUGCCACUGGCUGAGCCAGGAGUCUGGGUGGUUGAGGCAGAGGAUGAACCACUGCUUUCCUGAGGCAGGAAGAGGGCUCAAUAAGACCCCUGCUGAAUACAGCUGGAGACCACCAUCUUCCACCACCUCUCUCCCUCCAUCCUGUGGCUAUCCAGAACAUACAGUUCUUAAAGGAUCAUAUGCCUGGACACUCCAUCUUUGCCAAACCCUUACCUAAAAGUGGCCUUAGGCACCAGAAUACCAAUUGGUUGGAAACCUGCCUGUGUCCAAGAGGAUUCAGGCCCAGCCAGAGGUUCUGCCAGCCUCCUUCCCUAGGGGGCCUGAUUUACAAAAAGAAUGCACCUAAUACCUCUGUCCCAUAGCCAGGCCACUGUCCAAGAAAUCAAAGUAAACAAUAAAGGAAUCAUAAGUUUUAACAUCUUGCAAAUUAGCUGAGCCCUGUCUUCCUACCAUCUCCAACUGUGUUCAUCUCAUCUUGUUCCUGCUUUGUGCUUGUGCUGAGCCCACACCUGCUGCUCUCUUCCCGGUCAUUUGCCAGCCACCCCACUCUUCAAAAGGUAAGAACAGUCAAGGAACCCAGAAGGACCAGCCCUUUCCAGGGGCCCAGGCAGAGCUAGGGCCCUGCCUUCAAUAAGGGACACCAAGCACCAAGUCACUAUUCAGAGCCAGGCCAGAAGUCAGGAGCCAUCUGGGGCCUUGCAGCUGGGAAGGUUCCUAUUCAUGAAGGGCUCUCCACAGAUCACAGGAGCAGGCUGUCCCUAGUGGAAUGCAGGAGCUGUGACUGCCCUCCACCCCCACCAGUCAUGUAACAGUCUGGCCUAGCUCCCCGAAGCAGGCAACCAUUAGUUGAAGGCAGAUCAUAUUCAAGGUGUGGAAGUGCUGGCAUCACAACGAAAUCCAAGGGGUCUUCCUGGAGGAGGGUUUAGUCUGAAUUCUCAGCCAGGUGUGGUAGUGCACACUUUACGGGAGUGUUUGGGAGAUGGAGUUGGGAGGAUUGAUGCAAGUUCAAUUGUGAACUACAUAGAGACACUGUUUCAAAAUAAAUAAAAGAUGCUCUCAGCACUUAGUACAGAGGUGAGAAUUGUAGACAGGACAAGCAAAUUAAGACACUUAAGGGCUAGACCGUGGACCUGAGAAAAGGCAGCGGGGACAUAAGUAGUGGCUAGCAGAAAAAAGCUGGGGAGGAUGGGGAAAAAAAUGGCCUGUGAGGAGUAUUGGAACGUUGUCCCAGGAAAGCAAGGUACAGCAGCUGGAACAAAAGCUAUGGAAGG